GUUAUUUUCCUGUAUUUUUCUGGAAAAAAAAAAGUAAAUCCAUUUCUUUGUUCUUCAACUGUAGACGUCUGUCGGAAGAUUGCCUCCGAUCUUGACUGCUUGCCUAACAUCUGAAGUUCGCGACCUUGGCUCCAAGAAUUUGCUCAAUAUCAGGCGGCUGAAUCUGGGCUUGCGCUCCUUAGCAUUGGCUAGCUCAUUAUAAAAGCAUGAGCAUAUGCUAAAAUAUGCAGUCUACGGCGCAGAUCUCUCUAGAUUCUAAUUCUCACCUUCAUCCAGAGACUGUCUCAAUUCAAAAUGGUGGUCCUGGAGUUUCCUCUACCGCAAAUAUUGUCUUGCCACAGCAACCAGCUCCUAAAAAGCCAACAAGGCAGUGGGCUGCUUGGACUCGUCAAGAAGAAGAAAGUUUCUUCACCGCAUUACGACAAGUUGGCAAGAAUUUUGAAAAGAUCACUUGCCGUGUGCAAAGCAAAAACAAGGACCAGGUCAGGCAUUAUUACUAUAGGCUUGUAAGGCGGAUGAAUAAGCUUCUUGGACCAGAAUUGUGUUUGGAUGCCAAAAACUCUAAAGAUACAAAUGCUGCAAUGCUUCGAUGGUGGUCAUUAUUAGAAAAGUAUAGCUGCAAAGCCUCAAAGCUUCACCUGAAGCCUCGAAAAUUCAAAAUAUUUGUAGAGGCCUUGGAGCACCAACUCAUGAAAGACCGGAAGAAGAAUGUGCGUAGGAGACCUUUGCUGGGGGAAAAUUACCCUCCUGCUGCCCCCAAUACUGUUUCAAAUCAAAGUAGAACCUUGGGAAAUGAUGCUCGAACUGUUAAACUGGUUCUUGUUGAUAGUCAAAACAUUCAAAGCCUUGGAACUUCAAAAGCAUCAUUGAAGCGCAAUGUAAACAUGGGUGUUAACCGAAGCAACACUAAGGGAGAGUCAACUGCCAUGAAACCUUCAAGGCAACGAAAGAAACCAGGUAUGACCACAGCAGCUGCAUAUAAAAAAUGGGAGAAGGCUGCAAUGGCUGGUGUUUCUUUAGUUGCAGAUGCUGCAGAACAUUUGGAGCGGGCUGCCACUGUCAAAGACUUUGAACAUGACCAAGGGGCUCCAGUCGAAAAGUGUUCUGAACCUGUUGGCAGUGUUCUGCCCUCUUUGCCUACGCUUCCUCAAAAUCAUGUUGUUGAUAACAUACAGAAUAUUGUGAAGCUCAAGCUCCAGUUAUUCCCAAUUGAUGAUUGUACUCGAAGAGCCUUGGAAAGGGAUAAUCACAAUCCAUACCUGGAGCUUACUCUUAGUACUCGAAAAAAGUUAUCAUCAGUAAUAGAUCAUCUAAACCGUAAAUGGGGUAAUUCAAGCAUAGCAGUUGGACAAAUAAUGCUCUUUCCUUAUAAUACUCAGAAAGAAAACUUGGCUAGUUAUCAGAGAUGGACACAAGAAUCUACAGUUAGCGCAGGAGAUGUAUAUGGAAUGAUUGGAAGCCCGCCCACAUUCCGUUUGAGGUAUGGAUGGUUUUCCCAUGCUGAACUUGGACCUUCGAAUAAUCAAGUGCCUGUUGCAUUCAACUGUAUGCCUGGGCAAUCCAACAUUGAAACGGUCAGUGUGGAGGGUCACAUUGUGGAUCCUUCUCUCCCUACGACAUCAAGUAAUUAUCACCAGGAUCUUUGUGAAGAUCGAGGGACGUCUGCAACCAAGAAUCUUGCUCCUACCACUACUUCAACUGAUUUGCCUAAUGCAAGAGAUGACAAUGUUUCCCUAAAUCCAGGCAUUAGGGAGUCUGGUGAUGCUACACUCAUUGUUUCAUCACGAGGAGUAGAUGCUGGGGAUGAAAUUAUGACAAAACAAGCGGAUGAAAUGAAUGAGUUGAGAUUAAGCAGUGGAAUGGGUUUCUCGGCUGGUGAAUGGGCUGAUAGCCUUACCAACAUAAGUAUAGGAGACCUACUUUCAGGGGCAUCCGAGGAUCUGGAAGAUGUUAAUCCAACUGAUGCUGAGAAUUGUAAUGGUCUUCUCCAAAUUCCUUUUAGCGCUGAUUCUUUUGAUGCUGCUAUUGCCGCUCACAUAUCUCGACAUCAAGAAAAGAUGGGACAUCAACCAACUUUGGCAUCACAUAUAUCUUCCAUCUGGGACGCUGAAGAAACAUGUGAUGCAUUUUUGUUCAGAAAAGAUCCUGUUUCCCGCGAAGCUGGUCCUUGUUUAUCUCCCGCUAUUUCUGCUGAAUCCCACAAACAGGUUCCAGGAAGAAACUCCGAUUGCUCUGAGCCUUUGAUUCAGCAGUCACCUAAGAAAGAGAGGCCUGGGGAUAAUUUUGUUCAUGCAGUCCCUAUGGAUGGUUUUGAAUCCAAGGCGGAUUUCCAGGAGCAUUCAGCAAAAGAUUUCAGCGGGUUAGCUGAUAUUUACUGGCCUGAUUCAUUGGGACCACUGGAUAUAGAUAUACCAUCAACGAAGUACCAUAGCCAAGAUUUAAUUUUAAGUGAUAGUCUUGGUGGUUUGAGUCGCCUGAUAGCCAGCAGCCUGGAUGCAUUCCAGAAUUGCUCCUUUUUUGGGAUUGACAAGAAGGAAUCUUGAUGAAUGAUUGAAGUUAGAGAAACUGCCGUCUUUCAUAUUUUAAAGUUGGAAAUGGUGGUUGAGACUCGAUCUGCUUGGAUGUUAUCAAGUAUUAUCCCUUUUGCGUCGUGGGCUUCGCUGGCAGAAGUUUGCUAUAAUUAACCCUUUCUCACUCUGACCGACACGAGGGGUUAUGCUGAAGGACUGGUUGAAGCCACUGCAACACUUUUUUGUGCUGGAAAUUCUUCCGUAAUCAGGGUCCCUUCCCGUUUGUACAUAGAAACGACCUCGGAGGGAUUAUACGGUACUUCUCUUUCGGAGCAUAUGUACAUUGUACAUUAAAAAGGAAAUCGUGUGAUCCAUGUAGUUUCAAGCUGAUGCACAGUAACUUGGAUAGCUGAUUUUGAUUCACUUGUAAUUAUCAUAUGAUUACUUUAUAAUCAGUGUUGGAUUUAACCAUUAACCCAUAAUGUGUGGGCGCAUGCAUGCGUGCAACCAAAAUGUCAUGACAACUUUACCUACUUCAAAUAUUUGAUUCAAUGAGUCAUGAAAAA